AUGGAUCCCCGCCUGGUGCUCCUGCUGCUCUCGGCAUCGUCCGUCUUUGCCUUCUGUCCCAAGGUCUUCAAUAAUCAGGUAGAAUGAUGCGUGAAUAAAUUCCCUCACUUCAAUAUUUCAGAAAGCUUGCUCGUGUGAGAGCACGUUAGAAGGUCCCAAAAUAAAAUGCAGCGGGUCCGAAGGACUCAACUUGGUGCAAAAUAUCACUACCAUGCACUUGGAGAUCCGAGAGCUUGAAAUUGAAAACGCGAAUAUUGUUGAGGUUUUUUUAAAUUUUCAUUUUGACAAAUCGAUUUCCUUUCUUAAUCACCGUAUUUAAAAUUAAGUCUAAUCUAUUAAAGAGAAUAAGAAAAAGCUAUGAAAAUUAAAAAAAACUUCAAGGGCUUUUUUUCUGAAUUUUUUUGAAACUCAAAAAAAUGGUUCAUUACUGAAUCAGAUUCUUUUUUUCUCCCACUUCGAAGCAUAAGAUUCAAAUCAUUAAAUGCUUUCAAAAAAUCCUAUUCUCAAAAAAUCCUAAAUCCUUUCUUUCAACUUCGAAAUUUAGAUUGGUCCUCGCGCCUUCAAAAAUUUGCGAAUCAAGAAACUCGGACUUGACAACAACAGAAUAAGCAAACUUGACCCAAACGCUUUCAAAGGACUGGAAAAUGUGCUCCAAGAACUCUCCAUUUCAAAAAACAAUCUGUCCGCUGUGAGUUUUUUCUCUUCGAAUGACACCACUAGGUAAGUCAGUCAAGGUCGUUUGAUAAGAAUCUUGGCGAACAAGUCGACAACAUGAAACGAGAAGUUGGAAUGUUCGAAGUUUUAGAUCCCUACUGAAGCUCUCGCCGGACUUCGGUCUCUGAACGUUUUGAACUUGCGUUGCAACAAAAUCGGAAACAUCACUGAACAAGCUUUCAAGAAUAUGACCGCUUUAAUUGAUGUCAAUCUUGCUUGCAAUAAGGUUGGGAAUAGACGUCGAGUUCAGAAAAAAAAAACCGAAAAUUAAGAUUUGCAACAUGAGCAAGACAGUUUUCGACACUGUUCGCAUGACGCUUCAAAACUUGAUUUUGGAUAACAACUGCAUGACUGAAUUCCCCGCGGAAGCAAUCAGCAACAUGGGAAAUCUGGUCGCUCUGCACAUUAAGUACAAUCAGGUAGGACUUUUCAGAAAGGACUUAGGAUUUCAUUGAUAAAUGUUCAGAUCGGUGCUCUUGAACAAGGACAGCUCGCAAAUCUCACUUCUCUCACUAUGCUUUCUCUGACCGGAAACAAUAUCUCGACUGUCCAAGGCGGAGCUCUUCAGAAUUCCACCAACCUUCGCUAUCUUUACUUGAAUGAGAAUCAUAUUCGAAACUUUGACAAUGGCGUUAUGGCUCAGUUCAAACAAGCUGAGGUGAGCUUCAUCAAGGUGAACCAGGAGAAAAUUGAUUUUCAGGUUGUUGACCUGUCUUUCAACGACAUCGAAGGAGUCACCACGGAAACUUUUGCGGGACUAGAAAGCCUCCGUCAUUUGAACUUGGACAGUAACGCUGUCAAGGAUAUUGCCGCCGGCUCAUUCUCCGGAAUGCCGCUCCUUCUUCUUUGGCUUCCUAACAACUGCAUCAGCAAUGUCAACCAGCAAAUGUUCCAAGGAACUCCUUUCCUUCGACAAGUCUCUUUGGCUAACAACAACAUUAAAGAAGUUCAGGUAUCGAAUCUGCAUUCGCUUCCCAGAAUUCAAGAGUAACCAGUAAAUUAAGGCUCUUUCCUUCGCUCAUCUCGUCAAUCUUCACACUCUCGACCUGGCUAACAACAAAAUCAUGACUCUCCAGUCGAACUCUUUGACUGGCUCCGACCAUUUGCUUGUCAGACUUCAAGGUAAACCUCAUCGAAGCUUUAGUCCAAAAAAUGCAUCCCUUUUCAAGAAAACCCGAUGGUGUGCACUCAAGAUGGGUUCCACGUAAUGAAUGCAAAUGAAGCCAUUAAUUUGACCACGGAGGCUAACAAGAUUUGCAAGGGACCAUGGCAGACGGAAACCGCUGAUCUCUGCCCUAAGGUGGGUUCUGAGAAAAGCUUUCGAAUAAACAAAAAAAGUUGAAGGCUAACCCAAGACCUAUUCCUGCGCCUUGCUGCGCUUCUCCUCCUUCUACAACCACGUCCACUACUACCACCACGACCACAACUCCCACCACUACUACGGAGCCAACGACGACGACCGAGGAGGAGGAAGAAGUAGAAGAGGUUGAGGAAGUCGAGGAGGAAGAAGAAACGACGCCUGCGACUACUACCACAACAACUCAAGCUUCAAUGAAGAAAAAGGUGAUUAUUUUAGGCAAAAAAAAAGAGAAAAAAAAUUUUUCAGAUGAACAUGGACCGUUUCUUGAAGCUUUCGCAACGUCCAGGAGCUAAUUCACCUUUCCUUCGACAUAACGCCAAAGCAGCCAUGAAGCCUAAAUUCCUCAGAACAGUGAGCAGAAUUAUUGGGGAUUUUUUCCAUGGGAGACUUUGUAGACGACAACUGCUCCUGAGAAAGAAGCCAGCGAAGAAUCAGAUUAUGAAGAAACUGAAGAAGAUGGAGACGAGGAGCAACAAUACGAAGAAGAUGAAGAGGUGACGACGACGACGACUGUCGCCACGCGACACAUCCCGGCGAGAAUCCGCGAACGACAAAAGAUGCUCGCCAACAUGCCUCCAUGGAUGGCGACUAAUCAGAAGGAGAAGCAGGAGCCUCAAGAAGAAUUCAGCACGGUGAAUAUUCAAAAAAAUUGGAGUAUUAUCUCUUUCAAGUCGAAAAUUUUUCUACUAAGGAGUAUCAUGGUUUUUGUAGCUUGGGCCACCUUAAAAAUAUUCAAAAUGUCAAAAAAUUGUCUUUUUCAGGACGAGGAGACUGUUGAAGUUGCCGCAAACGACGAAGCUACUCGACGCAAGCAAUGA